GGCGGAGGGACGCUGGGAGUGGCGGUUGUUUCAAGAUGGCGGAUGUGGCCGCGGGGCCGGGGCCGGAAGCAGCCGCUCGUUGGAGUAAGGACCUUUCUGAUGAAGAGCAGCCACCUGUCUGGGUCCCAGGAAUUUCCACAGAGAGGAAUUUUAGAGCAAGACACCUGCUGAAAGGUCAGAAAGCGGAAGAGAAGGCAAAGGUGCCUGCAGCUGCUGCCGCUGCCCCAAUGGAUGCCUGGAAAAGCGCAGGCCAAGCGCCUGGGCAGCAGGUCCCUGACAAAGGAGGAAUGAAGAGUGCUUCUCUAAAGGAUUUAUGUCCUGAAGACAAGAGGCGCAUAGCAAACUUAAUUAAGGAGCUUGCAAGGGUGAGUGAGGAAAAAGAGGUGACAGAGGAGCGCCUGAAAGCUGAGCAGGAGUCGUUUGAGAAGAAGAUCAGACAACUUGAGGAACAGAACGAACUCAUCAUCAAAGAAAGGGAAGCUCUGCAGCAGCAAUACAGAGAGUGCCAGGAACUUUUGAGCCUUUAUCAGAAGUAUCUCUCGGAGCAGCAAGAAAAGCUCACAUACUCUCUUUCGGAGCUCGAGGCUGCCAAGCAGAAGGAGCAGCAGAUGUCCAACCACAGAAGCCUUUGUCAACCUCUGUCAUCUUCGGAACUGGAUGGAUCCUACCUUAGCAUUGCUCGACCACAGGCCUUAUACAAGAACAACAGAAUGGCACAUGGAAGUCCUACCCGCAUGCCUGUCUCUCAGUCUUGCAGGAACAGUCAUGCUCAUCAAGCUGCAGCCCAGGGUCAUCUGCAAGAAGAUCGGAACGAGUUCAUGCUGGCCAAUGGGUUGCAUGGUAAGUGCAACAACGUGGUCUCGCCAACAAGGCAGAAGUUGCCUCCCCACAAGAAAGUAACUCCUGCCGCGGAGCAGAGGAGAAACAGCUGUCCCCUUCAGACUUGCUUUUUCCACAAGAAACCGGGCAGCUCGGAUCAUGAUUCUUUCCAAGAGGGCUGCCACCUUCCAAAAAUGCACCCCGGCCCACGUUGUGAAUCCUUUGCGUGUUGCUCGUGCCCGUCGCAUACUUCUGGACUGAACGGCAGCACGGACUUGAGACCAAAAGAAAUGCAGCGUGGUACAAGGUUAUCGGAAGAAAGGAGGAAGCAGCUGCUGCUUCAGAAGAUGGAGCUGGAAAUCGAGAAAGAACGCCUUCAGAAUCUGUUAGCCAAGCAGGAGGCAAAACUGCUGCUUCAGCAACAGCAGCUCCACCAAUCCCGGCUUGACUACAAUCGGUUUAAAGGCCAGCCUCCUAAUUCGGAAGAACUGCUCAUUGAUGAAGCGCUGAUGAGACCCGGCGGCUUGGCCCCAGUGAUGAAUGGCACUUGUGGGGGCCUCAGUUCUCCGAAGCUCAGCUGUGAAGAUUGCCAUUCAAAAACGUCAGCUUCUGGGAGAGGCUGCAACACACCAGGAAGCAGUGGAGGGAAGAAAAGUGUUGGCUUCAGUGCCCAUGCAGACGAUGAAUGCUUUGGAGUGCACACAAAGAAGGAGACUGUCCGACCGAGAAGAGGGAUGAGUUCAGCCUCCCGGAAGGAUGCGGCUACGUCCCCCGGACUGACAGGCAGCAGAAAAGAGCUUGUAGCUGCGGCCACCUCCCCAAUCCAGCAUGACACCUCACGGUACGAGUCCUCUCUCUUUGACCUGGUGGAAGCAGUGAGCUCAGGGCUUCAGUCUCACUACAGCGAAAGCCGUAGCCAGAGCCAAGUGCUUGUGCCUCAGAGCAGGAGGUGGAGGAAGCCUGGAUGGAACCAGAGUCCGGCUGGUGCCAUGAAUGGGACCACGGCUGAGCUAGAGGAGAGCCGGAUUCUGGAGGAAAUCUUUUUCAUUUGAGGGGCCCAUCGGUUGCAGCCUUUCCUUCCGGGUGGAUCCAAGGACCUGUCUUCCCUUUCUAACAUGGUCAUGUUUACACGUCGGGAUAUUGCUUUUAAAUUAUUUGAUUGACGGAUGAUUGUCUCCUUAACUCCCCCCACCCCUUAGAAAAAACUUAACACGAUAGCUCCCCUCUCCCAAUUUCCAAAUCAUGUCUAAAAAGCAUCCUUUCAAGCAGACUGACCGAAGUGUAAGCAGGACAUUUCUGGGCUCUUUCUCUGCACGGUUACAAGGUAAUAAUUUUUAAA